UGAGUCAGACCAGAUGUUUCCGGAAAGCAGAGCGCUAGCAGUGUGUGCUAACAGCUAGCAGCUGGUUUAAGGUGUUUGGGGCCAACGCUCUUCUUCUUCUUCUUUCUCUCGUGUUCCUGCUCGACUGAAGAAGCUUCUGGAAGCUGCUCGUGCCCACGAACAGUCUCCAUGGCUACGGAAGAGUUCUACGAGGUGGAGCGUGUGCUGGAUAAGCGGAGGAACAAGGGGAAGGUGGAGUACCUGGUGCGUUGGCGUGGUUACGGAGCGGAGGGAGACACCUGGGAGCCCGAGAGCCACCUGUCCACGUGCAUGGUCUACGUGCACGACUUCAACCGCCAGCAUGCCGAGCGCCAGAGACACGCCACGUUACUGCGCUCCACCCGCCACUGCAGCCCCGCCCACAGAGCCCCCUACAGGCCCCCCCCUGCCCGCGCCGACAUCAUCGGGGACGCUCUUGGCCAGGGGCGGCUCCCCCCCCUGCUCGGUCUCAGGAACUCCCAGCAGCCCUCUGUGAUGUCGCCGUCUCCGUCUGCCCGGCGCAGCGUGGACCUGUUGAAGAGCGGCAUUAAGAUCCUGGUCCCCAAAAGUCCUCUGAGCGGCCGGCGGGACUCGGAGGAGUCUCCCAGCGAGGCGGCACUCAGCCUGGAGCCCGGCGCCGUGGAGGCGCAUGCCGUCCCGCCGGAGGUGGCUCUGCUGGGGCCCGGGGAUGAGAGGGCCGGCGUGGCGCUGGGACCCGGGGACGAGAGGGCCGGCGUGGCGCUGGGACCCGGGGACGAGAGGACCGGCGUGGCGCUGGGACCCGGGGACGAGAGGACCGGCGUGUCGCUGGGGCCCGGGGACGAGAGGGCCCGCAUGGGGACCCGACCCCGCAGCCAAAACCCCGCUGGGCUGCCUCCCAGACUGCCCGUCACGCCUGCCGCCAUGCGCUCGCUCUGCGCCACAGGUAACUCUGCGUUAAUGGAGGCAGUCGCUGCCAACGGGAUGUCCGGCAUGCAGCGGUGCAACAUGACCGGUGCAACUGGGAAGCGGCGUCUGGAGGUACGCUCUGCGUUCGACAAACGUCUGAGGGUUAGCGUUCGCCAGACGGAGAGCGCGUACCGCUACCGCGACAUCGUGGUGAAGAAACAAGAUGGCUUCACACACAUCCUGCUGUCAACCAAGAGCUCCGAGAACAACACGCUCAACCCUGAGCCGGCUGACCUUGUAGAGGGCGAAGUUGACCUUGCAGAGGGCGGGGCCAAAGCUCCAGGCUCCGCCCGCCGCCUCCACCGCCCACAGCGGCAGCGUGAAGAGGAACAGCAGGUCCGCCAGCGCCAGGUUCAGCAGGUACACGUCGGUUUUGGUUUUCAGACGGCGGCGGAAGUUCAUGUAGAUCCAGACGACGGCCAUGUUGCCGGCGCCGCCCACCACGGCGAUGAUCCAGAACAGCGGCGGCUCGUAACGGCGCCUGAACGCCCGCACCGACUCGCGGUCACAGAACAGGUCGCUGCCGUAGUCGUAGUCUUCUUCGGUGGUGGCCCAGGCGCUGACGGAGGACGGCCCAGGGCCUUUGUGAACUGCUUCAUCCAGUUCAGGAAGCCGAUCGUGGCGGCGGUGAACGGCCCGGCGCUGGGCCUCGGCGCCGCCCUGCUGCCGCUGUGUGACGUGGUGUGGGCCAAUGAGAAGGCUUGGUUCCAGACGCCGUACACGGCCUACGGACAGACGCCGGACGCCUGCUCGUCCUUCACCUUCCCCCGCAUCAUGGGCCUCGCGUCGGCCAAUGAGCUGCUGCUGAGCGGCAGGAAGUUGACGGCCCAGGAGGCGGGCUCUAAGGGUCUGGUGUCCCAGGUCCUCUGGCCAGAAACCUUCACACAGGAAGUGAUGCUGCGAGUCAAAGAGCUGGUGGUGGUCGACUCCCUGGUCCUGUGUGAGUCCAAGGCUCUGCUGAGGAGCACCAGCCGCAGUGCCCUGGAGCAAGCCAACGAGCGCGAGUGUGAGUCCCUGAAGAGAGUGUGGGGCUCCUCGCAGGGAACGGACGCCAUCCUGCAGCACCUGCAGCGGGGGGCAGCGCUCUGCUAGUACAGGACCCAGGACGCACGCUAGACCAGGACGCACGCUAGACAAGGACCAAGGAUGCACGCUAGACCAGGACCCAGUAUGGCAUUCUGAGCUGUGACUCAGCAGAUUUGGAGCAGCAACUCAGCAGAUUUGGAGCAGUGACUCAGCAGAUUCUGAGCUGCGACUCGGCAGAUUCUGAGCUUUGACUUGGCAGAUUUGGAGCAGUGACUCAACAGAUUCUGAGCUGUGACUCAGCAGAUUUGGAGCAGUGACUCAACAGAUUUGGAGCAGUGACUCAGCAGAUUGGGAGCUGCAACGGGUCUUCUUGUUGUGAUCUUUUCAGUUGUAUUUUCAGUAACUUCAGGAUUAAUCAUCACAUUGUUACUAUUGCUGAAGGCGCUGAGAUCUCUGACAGUCUGACUAGACCCUGAACACACCGUCGGAGGCCUCACACAGCUCAAUCAGACUGAGAGGCUAACAGUUUCCCCCUGCCUCCCGUCUUUGUGCUAAGCUAGGCUAGUGGAGAGAGGCGUGAAUAGGAAGUGCCGGCGCUAACCUUCAGACUCCAUGUUCAGUAUGUGUGAAUAGAUUUUUGCUUGGGUUGUCCAAGUGGGGUAGCCAUAACUAUGAACUCUGGGUAAAUAUUGACAGUAAGUGGGCGUGGCUUGUGAUCAUGCAGCUGAACAGGAAGUUAUUAAUUAUUAAGCUUGUGUGUAAAAUUAAACAUCUCCUAUUUCAGUA